CUGCGGCUGGGUCGGCGGCGGCGCUUUAAACUGGUGCGGCAGGCGGAGCAGCUGUGGCACUACGGGCACCUCUGCAUCCGUUCCCUGCUCUUCAACUCCUUCACCAACAGCGAUGUGGUGCUCGACUCCCUCUUUGAGCCCGUCUACUGGCUGGUAGACCACGUCACCCGCUGGUUCGGUGUGGUGUUUGUGGCACUGGUGAUCGGGCUGACGAGCUCCAUUGUGGCCAUUGUGUACAUCUGCCUGCUGCCUCUCAUCCUCCAGACCUACACACCUGCCUGGAUCUGCUGGCACCUCGCCUACGGUCACUGGAACCUCAUCAUGAUUGUCUUCCACUACUACAAGGCCAUCACGACCUCGCCUGGGCAGACUGGCGGUACCAAGGACGAUCUCACCGGCGUCUCCAUCUGCAGGAAAUGCAUUGCCCCCAAGCCAGCUCGCACCCACCACUGCAGCAUCUGCAACAGGUGCGUGCUGAAGAUGGACCACCACUGCCCCUGGCUAAACAACUGUGUGGGACACUACAACCACCGCUACUUCUUCUCCUUUUGCCUCUUCAUGACCAUGGGCUGCAUCUACUGCAGCAUCAGUGGCUGGGAGAUGUUCCGGGAUGCCUACGCAGCCAUCGAGAGAAUGAAACUGCUUGAGAAGGAGAGACUGCAGGUGGCUGCCAACCAGACGUACUACCAGACCCCACCGCCCACCUUCUCCUUCCGCCAGCGAGCUUUCCACAAGAGUGUGGUCUACCUCUGGGUCCUGUGCAGCUCGGUUGCUUUGGCUCUGGGUGCCCUCACGCUGUGGCAUGCUGCCCUCAUCACCCAUGGGGAAACCAGCAUUGAGAGGCACAUCAACAAGAAGGAGAGGCAGCGGAUGCAGAAGAAAGGCAAGGUCUUCAGGAACCCCUACAGUUACGGCAGCUGGGAUAACUGGAAGGUGUUCCUGGGCGUAGAUGUGCCAAGGCACUGGCUUACACGUGUCCUGCUCCCCUCUCCUCACCUGCCUCAUGGGACUGGCCUAAGCUGGGACCUGCCUCCCUGUGUGACUGAGCAGCGUGCACCGCUCAUGGCCAUCUGA